CAAAGUCCUUUAUUCUUCAAAUGAGAGAAAUCAGUAUACAUUUAAUAAGUCAUCAUAAGUAAAAACAAUAAAAGUUAAAUUAAAUGCUAUGAACUGUUUACACUUCACUAGCGGAGUGUGUUCCUAUUUGCCGUGUUAUUAGAAACUAUGACACACACUAAACAUUUAUUUCUAAUAAAUGUUUAGUGUGUGUCAGUCAGUGAUCAUGACUGUCACGAAGACAGGGUCUUUUUUUAAAAAAUGUUUUUCUCUCUCUCUCUCUUUUUUUUUUUUCAUGACAGUCUGUGAAACUGCCUCAGUCAUUACUCAUCUAUAUCAUGAGAUCCCUGAAAUAUUCCCUGAAGAUGCACAGUCAAGACUGAACUUUGCAGCCUUUUGGGGAAAAAAAGAAGUUUCAGAUUUUAGUGGUUUUUAAUAGCUUGCUAUUUUCAGUGCCACAGCUGACUAUUUGAUAAUGAUGUGAUGAGACUGUGGGAAUAAUAUAGUUGAGUCAUUUAGCCAUUCUUUUAUUUAACAGGCACAUUAAUACACAUUGGUAAGAAUUUACUAGAGUAUCUCAAUUAAAAAGAAUUUAAAAUAAAAGCAGUUAUUAAAACGAAAUGGGUAUGCAAAGCAAUAUGAAAAAGACGUGACAUAUAGUUCACUCUGAAGAAGAUUUUGUAGAGGCUCCCAUUUGCUUUCUUUCUUCAUCUGUGUGUCAGUUUGUCUGUGUGCUGUUAAAUAUGCUGUUAAAGAGGUGAUGCAUCUUUAAUACACAGUUGUACUCUAAAGCCACGGGGACCCAGUCACCCAGUGUGAGAAAAAAAUGUUCAUUAUAUGAAUUCAAAGAAUCAUCCCAAAUAUAGAAGGUAUUAUUGACUAGGGCAACCUAAACAUUCAGUCAUAAUGCUCCUGGAAACACUCAUUCCCCACGUACCAGUGACGAAAAAAAAAAGUAGAAGUGGAUUCUUUGAGAUCUGCUCAAGGGAAUAAAACUAGUAGGUUUCUUACAGAGCAACUUCCUCAACUUCUGCCUGAAUUAUGUUGGUAACCGCAAGAUGCUGAAACAGUGAGUAAGAGAGAGAGAGAGAGAGAGAGAAAGAGAGAGAGAGAGAGGAGAAAAAAGAAAAAACUCCAGAGCCGCCAGAAACCGAAAGAAAGAUCACAAAUACAGUAUAUAAACUGUAUGAGCUUCACCACAGCAUGUAUGUAUCUCUCUCUGAGUGGCGUUCACUGCUCCUCCAAGGUAAGGAGUAUUCAAAAUUCUUAUAAUAUCUUCUGUAUCUGUAUUUUCUCUCUCUGUCUAUAUAUGUGAUUUCUAUAUUUUUAAUAUUCAUAAUCUUUAAAAUAUGUUAUUUUAGACAUAAGUUUCAUGAUUUGAGUUUUUUGUGAGCGUAUUAUUCUGGGAAUCAUUUGAAUUAUUAUUCACCUUAUGACCAAGUGAGUGUAUGUAAAAAACACAGAUGGCGAAUUAGAGCAUUUAUGGCAGUGAAUAUAAUUGGAAUAAGAAUUAGCAAACUGCUGCAAUGUAUCUGUUUGCUUGAUGGCAACGAUGUGCUGCUAUUUGUGUAGAGGUGAGGGAGGUUUUGUUAUCGAUAAUUGGGAGAGAACACUGUCAUGCUUUCAGCAAGUGAAAAACAUGUUGACUCAUCAAGAAGACAGUGUUGCACCAGCAAUACAUGAUGCAACUGAAUAAAAAUGACUACAAUGAAAAGGAAGAUUUUCCUCUUUUUUCCUACAGAAUAAUCCUGACAGAAACAGGGAAUCUGAAAGAAGAGAUAGACUUUAGACUUACUUGCAGCAGACCAGCAGUGAAUGAUGUGGCAAAUAUGGUAAAGUCUGCAGCCUGUAGUCUGCUGAUUUAGGAUUUGCAGCCGUGUGUGGACAUUUUGAGGUGCAAGGCCAUGAAAAAAAAGGAGAAAUGGCGAAAAAUGCUUCCUUCCACACUGAAACCAUUUAGAGGAAUCAAGGCACUUUUGUUUCCAAUAAUGUACAAUGAGACCAAAUGUAGUGUUAACAGAGUUACAUAAGAGAGCCAACAUGUACUGUGUGGGGUUGCCAUGUGGUGCAUGUGGAAAUGUUAAAAAUAUGAAUGUACUUCCUUUCAGAUUUUAAGUAUGGAAACUGACGGUUAAGUUCCCAUAAAUGAAUUAAUGUACUUUGCCGGAAAGCUGCAAUUUGUGUCUUUUUUCCUUUUUUUUUUUUUGAUACAGUGUUGUAUCAUAAGUGAUAUAUCUGUGCCAGUUUGUACCUGAGAAGCAGCUGUGGAAAUUGCUAUUUUGAUAGCAAUGAUUUAAUGUGUUUGUUUCAGAUGACUGUUUGGUGGCUGGCUCUCAUUCUGCUUUGCUACAUACUGAACUAUGUGGACUCUACUCCGUCCCAUGUCCCAUGGAAUAAAUAUAACAGCUCCUUUCGUCUCACUAAGUCCACCCGAACCCGUGUCCAACAGCUGCUGAACAGAUAUAAGGAGCAGCAUCUGGGAAACAAGAAUUUUGAGGACAGAAACCGACAGUUGAAGGACCUGCCAUUGCUCUCUACAGAUUUCGACAGCUGGCUGAAGCUGGAGGAUUGGGAACGACUGCAUGCAGCUUUCUGGGACAUGCAGGCCUACUGGAAUAUGCUGGAGUGGAAGAGAAAACAGCUGGAGAGGGAGGGGAAAGAGCAGAGGGUGGCCCGCACCACUUUACCUCAGAGCAUCAAGCACGUUCAGCUGGACCUGAGGGACCUGAUGAGCCAAGUCAGCAGUCAGAUGAGUUACAUGAAGAGCUCUUGGGUGAAGCCAACUUCUCCUACAGUACGGACAGCCCUCAACCCAGAACCCACCUCCAAAACAGUGUGGGAUAGCCGAGUGGACGGUUACAUCAUCCUGCGGGAUCUAGACCUUUACCUCACCAAGCUGGCAAGAGACUUCCUCCUGCUGGCUUCCAAAACACGUCUAUGACUCAAUACUGAAAAAGAGCACUGUGACCCCGAUAACACACACAUGCACACAAACAGGCAAAAGGAUGAAAUAACUGAGCUGACAAUCAACACCUAAGAGAAAAAUGCAUUUUAGCAGGUCUGCUGUUUUUUUUUACUUGAUGUACUCCAGUAUAUUUAAGGGCUUUCUUGGGUAUUUCCCACAGUUUCUGUCUCACUCAAACUGUAAGUUAGCAAUAAGCUCACAGAACAGUGACAACACUUCCCCGCAUCCGGUUUUCCCCCAAGCCCUCAAUCUACUGGACUUUCCAAAGAUAUAUUUACUAUUUAUUAACAUAUUUAUUAUGCUAUUUAUUUUAAAGUGGUUCGUUUUAUUUCUCUUACAUUACAGAGAUACAGUGUUUUACAUAAGACACUUUAUAUUUGAUAGAUAAAUAUAUUGUGUAUGACUGAGAAUAAAGAGACAAAGCAUAUCAAA